AAUUAGUCUUUAAUUAUUUAUAUUUUCUUACAUCCAUAUAUAUUUUUUCGUUAAAUAUAGAACGAAUUUAGAAAAGAUUUGGAAAAGAUGGAAUCUACAUUUGUCAUAGUAGGAGGCGGCAUAGCUGGUGUAUCUUGUGCGGAAGGAUUGAGUUUUCUCGCUCCAGAGGAAAGCAUAAUUUUAAUUACAGCUAGUCCUCUAGUGAAAGCUGUGACAAAUAUAGUUCCGUUAGGCAAAACGUUAAUGCAUUUUGAUGUAGAAGAAAAAAGCGCGAUAACCUUGGGCGAGACGCACAAGAUGUUACAAGUUAUUCAUGAUACUGCAGUUAAAAUUGAUACGGCCAAAAAGCUAAUAGAAACUGGCAGUGGAAAAGUCAUAAGUUUCAAGAUGUUGUGUCUCUGUACCGGCGCGAAACCCAAACUGAUAGCCGAAAAGAAUGAUUUCGUUAUAGGUAUCCGCGAUACAGAGUCUGUACUACAAUUUUCUCACAAACUUAGGAACGCUAAAAGAGUUAUAAUCGUUGGUAAUGGAGGUAUCGCUACCGAAAUUGUACAUGAAAUUAAAGGCGUCGAAAUGAUCUGGGUAAUUAAAGACAAACAUAUUUCCGCAACUUUCGUCGAUCCUGGAGCCGCAGAAUUCUUUUUAGACAAGAUUUCUUCCAAAUCCGAUAUAUCAGAGAAUUCUAAUAAAGACAGACCUACCAAAAGAAUGAGAUACGUUGUAUCGGAUAGUAUAUCAUUUAAAAACGGGGCCGCUCUUGGCCCAGAUUGGCAUAACAACUUUGAUAUAAGCGGUUCGCUUUUUACAUCAACAAACGUCCAAGUUGAGUAUGAAUGCGAGAUAUCAAAGUUACUUACCUGCGAUGAACAAAAAGAAUUUGAUUCUGCUAAAGAAUGGCCAAUCUAUGCGCAACUAACGAAUGGUAAAAUCAUUGGGUGUGAUCUUAUAAUCUCGGCAACAGGUGUUAUCCCAAAUUCUGACAUAUGUGGGUUGGAAAAUCUCGAAAGAGGGGAGGACUCCGGAUUAUUAGUAGAUUGGAAGCUAGAAACUUCAAAGAAGGAUGUUUAUGCCGCCGGAGAUGUGUGUACUGCAAAUUGGCCGAAAGCAAAACAUUGGUUCCAGAUGAGACUGUGGACGCAGGCUCAUCAGAUGGGUCGUUACGUUGCAAAGUCAAUGGUCUCAAACUUGAGAAGCGAAGAAUUUUUGCAGGACUUUUGCUUUGAACUUUUCACUCAUGUAACCAAAUUUUUCUCCUAUAAAGUUGUACUGCUCGGUUUGUACAAUGGGCAAACUUUGGGAAAGAAUUACGAAAUACUUCUACGAAUUACCAAGGAUGAAGAGUACGUUAAAAUUAUUUUGCAAGAUGGCAAAAUGCAAGGCGCAGUGCUCAUUGGCGAAACGGACUUAGAAGAAAUGUGUGAAAAUUUGAUACUUAAUCAGUUGGAUUUAAGUAUAUAUGGUGAAGAUUUGUUAAACCCUAAUAUCGACAUUGAAGAUUAUUUUGAUUGAUAUAUCACUAAAUUUUUAAUGUAGUUACUAAUGUAUCCACUAAUGUUAUCCUGUUAGUUCCACUUUUUAUCCUGUUGUAAUAAAACCAACUAUAUGUAUCAUUGAU